AUGCCUCCGCGCCGUCGCCCCCCUCCAGCUACCACGGCGUUCGGGCGCGGCCGAUUCGAUGCGGAAAUCCGUUCCGGCGAGGAGCGGAUCCGCCUCGGCACCUUCGACACGGCGCCCGAGGCGGCGCGGGCCUACGAUGCCGUCGCGUGGCGGCUGGGCCGCUCCCGCCGCGCGAUGAACUUCCACGACGUGUUCACGCUGGAGCAGGUGGAGAUGCUCUCGCCGCCGCCGCCGAUGAUCACGCGGGAGCAGCAGCGCCGACAGCGGGAGCUGGUGCAGCGCCUUCUCAUCGCCAAGCGCGACGAGGCGCUUCGCCUUGAAUGGGCGCGCCGCUUCCCGGAGGACGUCGCCGCCACGGCGGCCUUCUACGCGGAGAAGGAGCAGAAGGAGAAGGAGACGGCGGCGGCGAAGGCGAAGAAAAAGAAUGAUGCUUCAGCUCCAUGGAUGAAGAGGGCAAACCUUUUGUUGAGAGAUUUCGGCCAACAAAAAGGUGAUCAGGAGUGA